AUGCCGUUCCUCGCUCGCUCGAUGCGCCAAUGCCUCCUUGCCCUUGCGCUCCUCGUGCACUCAGUUGCCGCGCUUCCUGUUGCGGUGUCCACCCACAGAGAUGCGGUCGCGGCGAAGCCCUCCUACGAAGAUGCGGUCGCGGCGGAGCUGAUCGCACCUGAUGAGGUUACGGUGUGCCUCGCCGCGGGCGAGGAGGGGCUGUCGGUCCGGCCGAUGGAUGGGGGCGAUCCAGAGGGCUAUGAGGCGGAUGUGGCGCGGCUGGUGGCGCGCGACCUGUCUACGAGGCUCGGCAUGGACCUGACGCUCAAGUAUGUCUAUCCGACACUGGAGGAGCGCUUGGAGUAUCUGGAGCAGAGGAAGUGCGACUUCAUGGCCGAACUGCUGACCAACGACGUCCAAGGUCAGCGCCGGCAGAGCGUGGCCUUCACCGGCCAGCCAUAUCUGGUAAUCCACGAGCAGAUUUUGGUGAAGAAGAGCAGCAACGUCGCGGGGCCGGGCGACUGCCAGAAGGCGGCGGUCGCCUCGGGAUCACAGACUUCUCGCAACUACGCGGAGAAGUUCCCGCAGGUCGAGCAGGUCCUCACGACGGGGUACAACUCUGCGGCCAUCGUGCUGCUCCUCAACGGCACCGUCGACUGCAUCGCCAACGACGACCUGGUCUUCGACAAGCUGCUCAAGGAGGCCGACGCAGGUGGCUUUGGCACCGACGUCACUUCAGCCAGCUUCCGCCAGGUCUCCACUAGCAACAUCUUUGCGCCCAAGCCGUGGGGCCUGGGGAUCAACAUCAAGAACACCUUGCUGCAGGCCGAGCUUGGCGCCAUCAUGACCUACCUCGACGCCUAUGGCGAGUUUGACCAGCCGCGGAAGAAAACUUUUGACCGCGCAAGAUAA